ACCCAGGUGCCCGGAUGUGACGCCACUGACUUGCGCAUGGGGGGCGGGAUAGAGAGAAGUGCGGUUCUUGGUCCGACCAGCAGCUUGGGAUUCGCUGAGAGAAGCUCGAAAGGCUCUGUUAGGAGGAAAGGUGAGACACUGAGAGGGGACCAACCCAGAUAGAUGACCCCAAAUAAUCCGUUACCACUCCUGUUGCCACCUCUGGGCCACCCACCCGUGGGGGGACUUCUGUGUGGGAGAGGGGCACCACCCCCACUGCCCUUGAAGCCACAGGGGACUCGGGAGUCAGAGUUUGGGGUGCUCCAUUCAAGACUGGUGGGGGCAGGCUCUGCCAGGAGUCAACGUGGGGAUCCCAGGAGAGGGGUGAGCGUCCCCCAUUGCCAACUGCGUCCACAGCCCAUUCUUGUUCCUAGCCACCCUCCCAUCCCCCACCAGUCCCCAUAUUCUCUCCAGCCCCUACCAACCUCAUAAUCCCAAUUCUUCAACCCAACACACACUCUCAUCCACGCAGCAUCCAGUUUCACCCCGUCACACCAAGAGUCCGGAUGUGACGCUACGGGCUUGCACAUGGGGCGGGGGUGUUAGAGAGAACUGCGGUUCUUGGUAGGACCAGCAGCUUGGGAUUCGCUGAGAAGCUCGAAAGGCUCUGUUAGGAAGAAAGGUGAGACGCUGAAAGAGGACUCAGGAGGUCCCCUACCCAGAUAGAUGACCCCAAAUAAUCCAUUAGCAAUCCUGCUGCCAGCUCUGGGCGACCCGUGGGUGGAUUUCUGAGUGGGGGAGGGGCACCACCCCCACUGCCCUUGAAGCCACAGGGGACUCAGGAGUCAGAGUUUGGUGUGCUCCAUUCAAGACUGGUGGGGGCAGGCUCUGCCAGGGAUCAAUGUGGGGAUUCCAGGAGUGGCCUGGGCAUCCCACAUUCCCAUCCCAUCGCCCCCAGUACCCCUAUUCUCUCCAGCUCCUACCAACCUCAUAAUCACCAUCCCCCACCCCAAACCAAUCAUCAUCCUGUUCCACCCAGUCACACCCAUGUGCCCGGAUGUGACGCCACUGACUGGCGCAUGGGGGGCGGGUUAGAGAGAAGUGCGGUUCUUGGUCCGACCAGCAGCUUGGGAUUGACGGAGGGAAGCGGGCAAGGCUCUGUUAGGAGGCAAGGCGAGGCCCUGAGGCAGGACACAGGAAAUCCCCACACUAGAUAGAUGACCCCAAAUAAUGCCUUACCACUCCGGCUGCCAGCCUUGGGCCACCCGUGCGUGGACUUCUGCGUGGGGGAGGGGCACCAACCCAACUACCGUUUAAGCCACAGGGGACUCGGGACUCAAAGAGUUUGGUGUGGUCCAUGCAAGACUGGUGGGUGUAGGUUCGGCCAGGAAUUAACUUCAGGAUCCCAGGAGAGGGCUCCUAGUCCCCCAUUCCGUCCCCAUCCCCCAACCCAUUCUUAUUCCCAUCCACCCUCCCAUCCCGCACCAGUACCCCCAUUCUCUCCAGCCCCUACCAACGUCAUAAUCCCAUUCCCCCACCCCCAACCACGCAGCAUCCGGUUCCAGCCAGUCACACCCACGUGCCCGGAUGUGACGCCACUGACUUGCGCGUGGGGGCGAGUUAGAGAGAAGCGCGGUUCUUGGUCCGACCAGCAGUUUGGGAUUGACGGAGAGAGGCACGCAAGGCUCUGCCGCCACCCCAAUACCCCCACCCCCAACCACGCCGGAUCCGGUUCCACCCAGUCACGCCCGGAUGUGACGCCACUGACUUGCGCAUGGGGGGCGGGUUAGAGAGAAGCGCGGUUCUUGGUCUGACCAGCAGCUCGGGAUUGGUGGAGGCAACCGGGCAAGGCACUGUUAGGAGGAAUGCUGAGACGCUGAGGGAGGACUCAGGAGCUCCCCACGCGAGAUAGAUGACGCCAAAUAAUCCAUUACAACUCUGCUGCCAGCUCUAGGCCACCCGUGGCUGGACUUCUGAGUGGGGGAUGGGCACCACGGCCACUGUGGUUGAAGUCACAGGGGACUCGGGACUCAAAGGGCUUGGCGUGGUCAGUGCAAGACUGGUGGGGAUAGGCUCUGCCAUGAAUUAACUGCAGGAUCCCAGGAGAGGGCUCUGAGUCCCCCAUUCCGUCCCCAUUCCCCAACCCAUUUUUAUUCCCAUCCACCCUCCCAUCCCGCACCAGUACCCCCAUUCUCUCCAGCCCCUACCAACGUCAUAAUCCCAUUCCCCCAUCCCCAACCACGCAGCAUCCGGUUCCACCCAGGUGCCCGGAUGUGACGCCACUGACUUUCGCGUGGGGGCGGGUUAGAGAGAAGCGCAGUUCUUGGUCCGACCAGCGGUUUGGGAUUGACGGAGAGAGGCGGGCAACGCUCUGUUAGGAGGUAAGUUGAGACGUAGAGGGAGGACGCAGGAGGUCCCCUUCCCUGGUAGACGACUCCAAAUAAUCUCUUACCACUCCGGCUGCCAGCCCUCGGCCACCCGUGGGUGGACUGCUUAGUGGGGGAGGGGCACCACCCCUACUGCCGUUGAAGCCACAGGGGACUCGGGACUCAAAGAACUUGGCGUGGUCAAUGCAAGACUGGUGGGGUAGGCUGUGCCAGGAAUUAACGUGGGGAUCCCAGGAGAGGGCUCUGAGUCCCCCAUUCCCAUCCCCUUUCUCCAACCCAUUCUUAUUCCCAUCCACCCUCCCAUCCCGCACCAAUACCCCCAUUCUCUCAAGCUCCUACCAACCUCAUAAACCCAUUCCGCCACCCCAAUACCCCCACCCCCAACCACGCCGGAUCCGGUUCCACCCAGUCACGCCCAGAUGUGACGCCACUGACUUGCGCAUGGGCGGCGGGUUAGAGAGAAGCGCGGUUCUUGGUCUGACCAGCAGCUCGGGAUUGGGGGAGGCAAGCGGGCAAGGCACUGUUAGGAGGAAUGCUGAGACGCUGAGGGAGGACUCAGGAGCUCCCCACGCGAGAUAGAUGACGCCAAAUAAUCCAUUACAACUCUGCUGCCAGCUCUGGGCCACCCGUGGCUGGACUUCUGAGUGGGGGAUGGGCACCACGGCCACUGUGGUUGGAGUCACAGGGGUCUCGGGACUCAAAGGGCUUGGCGUAGUCAGUGCAAGAUUGGUGGGGAUAGGCUCUGCCAUGAAUUAACUGCAGGAUCCCAGGAGAGGGCUCUGAGUCCCCCAUUCCGUCUCCAUUCCCCAACCCAUUUUUAUUCCCAUCCACCCUCCCAUCCCGCACCAGUAACCCCAUUCUCUCCAGCCCCUACCAACGUCAUAAUCCCAUUCCCCCACCCGCAACCACGCAGCAUCCGGUUCCACCCAGGUGCCCGGAUGUGACGCCACUGACUUGCGCAUGGAGGGUGGAUUAGAGAGAAGCGUGGUUCUUGGUCCGACCAGCAGCUCGGGGUUGACGGAGAGAAGCGGGCAAGGCUCUGUUAGGAAGCAAGGCGAGACGCUGAGGGAGGACUCAGUAGCUCCCCACCUUAGAUAGAGGACCCCAAAUAAUCCCUUACCACUCCUGCUGGCUGCCCUGGGCCACCCGUGGGUGGACUUCUGUGUGGGGGAGGGGACCAGUCAGAGUGCCGUUUAAGCCACAGGGGACUCGGGACUCAAAGGGUUUGGCGUGGUCAAUGCAAGACUGGUGGGGGUAGGCUCGGCCAGGAAUUAACUUCAGGAUCUUAGGAGAGGGCUCCGAGUCCCCCAUUCUGUCCCCAUUCCCCAACCCAUUCUUAUUCCCAUCCACCCUCCCAUCCCGCACCAGUACCCCCAUUCUCUCCAGCCCCUACUAACCUCAUAAUCCCAUUUCCCCCACCCCCAACCACGCAGCAUCCGGUUCCACCCAGGUGCCCGGAUGUGACGCCACUGACUUGCGCAUGGGGGGUGGAUUAGAGAGAAGCGUGGUUCUUGGUCCGACCAGCAGCUCGGGGUUGACGGAGAGAAGCGGGUAAGGCUCUGUUAAGAAGCAAGGCGAGACGCUGAGGGAGGACUCAGUAGCUCCCCACCUUAGAUAGAGGACCCCAAAUAAUCCCUUACCACUCCUGCUGGCUGCCCUGGGCCACCCGUGGGUGGACUUCUGCGUGGGGGAGGGGACCAGUCAGAGUGCCGUUUAAGCUACAGGGGACUCGGGACUCAAAGGGUUUGGCUUGGUCAAUGCAAGACUGGUGGGGGUAGGCUCGGCCAGGAAUUAACUUCAGGAUCUUAGGAGAGGGCUCCGAGUCCCCCAUUCUGUCCCCAUUCCCCAACCCAUUCUUAUUCCCAUCCACCCUCCCAUCCCGCACCAGUACCCCCAUUCUCUCCAGCCCCUACUAACCUCAUAAUCCCAUUCCCCCACCCCCAACCACGCAGCAUCCGGUUCCACCCAGGUGCCCGGAUGUGACGCCACUGACUUGCGCAUGGGGGGUGGAUUAGAGAGAAGCGUGGUUCUUGGUCCGACCAGCAGCUCGGGGUUGACGGAGAGAAGCGGGUAAGGCUCUGUUAAGAAGCAAGGCGAGACGCUGAGGGAGGACUCAGUAGCUCCCCACCUUAGAUAGAGGACCCCAAAUAAUCCCUUACCACUCCUGCUGGCUGCCCUGGGCCACCCGUGGGUGGACUUCUGCGUGGGGGAGGGGACCAGUCAGAGUGCCGUUUAAGCCACAGGGGACUCGGGACUCAAAGGGUUUGGCGUGGUCAAUGCAAGACUGGUGGGGGUAGGCUCGGCCAGGAAUUAACUUCAGGAUCUUAGGAGAGGGCUCCGAGUCCCCCAUUCUGUCCCCAUUCCCCAACCCAUUCUUAUUCCCAUCCACCCUCCCAUCCCGCACCAGUACCCCCAUUCUCUCCAGCCCCUACUAACCUCAUAAUCCCAUUUCCCCCACCCCCAACCACGCAGCAUCCGGUUCCACCCAGGUGCCCGGAUGUGACGCCACUGACUUGCGCAUGGGGGGUGGAUUAGAGAGAAGCGUGGUUCUUGGUCCGACCAGCAGCUCGGGGUUGACGGAGAGAAGCGGGUAAGGCUCUGUUAAGAAGCAAGGCGAGACGCUGAGGGAGGACUCAGUAGCUCCCCACCUUAGAUAGAGGACCCCAAAUAAUCCCUUACCACUCCUGCUGGCUGCCCUGGGCCACCCGUGGGUGGACUUCUGCGUGGGGGAGGGGACCAGUCAGAGUGCCGUUUAAGCCACAGGGGACUCGGGACUCAAAGGGUUUGGCUUGGUCAAUGCAAGACUGGUGGGGGUAGGCUCGGCCAGGAAUUAACUUCAGGAUCUUAGGAGAGGGCUCCGAGUCCCCCAUUCUGUCCCCAUUCCCCAACCCAUUCUUAUUCCCAUCCACCCUCCCAUCCCGCACCAGUACCCCCAUUCUCUCCAGCCCCUACUAACCUCAUAAUCCCAUUCCCCCACCCCCAACCACGCAGCAUCCGGUUCCACCCAGGUGCCCGGAUGUGACGCCACUGACUUGCGCAUGGGGGGUGGAUUAGAGAGAAGCGUGGUUCUUGGUCCGACCAGCAGCUCGGGGUUGACGGAGAGAAGCGGGUAAGGCUCUGUUAAGAAGCAAGGCGAGACGCUGAGGGAGGACUCAGUAGCUCCCCACCUUAGAUAGAGGACCCCAAAUAAUCCCUUACCACUCCUGCUGGCUGCCCUGGGCCACCCGUGGGUGGACUUCUGCGUGGGGGAGGGGACCAGUCAGAGUGCCGUUUAAGCCACAGGGGACUCGGGACUCAAAGGGUUUGGCGUGGUCAAUGCAAGACUGGUGGGGGUAGGCUCGGCCAGGAAUUAACUUCAGGAUCUUAGGAGAGGGCUCCGAGUCCCCCAUUCUGUCCCCAUUCCCCAACCCAUUCUUAUUCCCAUCCACCCUCCCAUCCCGCACCAGUACCCCCAUUCUCUCCAGCCCCUACUAACCUCAUAAUCCCAUUUCCCCCACCCCCAACCACGCAGCAUCCGGUUCCACCCAGGUGCCCGGAUGUGACGCCACUGACUUGCGCAUGGGGGGUGGAUUAGAGAGAAGCGUGGUUCUUGGUCCGACCAGCAGCUCGGGGUUGACGGAGAGAAGCGGGUAAGGCUCUGUUAAGAAGCAAGGCGAGACGCUGAGGGAGGACUCAGUAGCUCCCCACCUUAGAUAGAGGACCCCAAAUAAUCCCUUACCACUCCUGCUGGCUGCCCUGGACCACCCGUGGGUGGACUUCUGCGUGGGGGAGGGGACCAGUCAGAGUGCCGUUUAAGCCACAGGGGACUCGGGACUCAAAGGGUUUGGCGUGGUCAAUGCAAGACUGGUGGGGGUAGGCUCGGCCAGGAAUUAACUUCAGGAUCUUAGGAGAGGGCUCCGAGUCCCCCAUUCUGUCCCCAUUCCCCAACCCAUUCUUAUUCCCAUCCACCCUCCCAUCCCGCACCAGUACCCCCAUUCUCUCCAGCCCCUACUAACCUCAUAAUCCCAUUUCCCCCACCCCCAACCACGCAGCAUCCGGUUCCACCCAGGUGCCCGGAUGUGACGCCACUGACUUGCGCAUGGGGGGUGGAUUAGAGAGAAGCGUGGUUCUUGGUCCGACCAGCAGCUCGGGGUUGACGGAGAGAAGCGGGUAAGGCUCUGUUAAGAAGCAAGGCGAGACGCUGAGGGAGGACUCAGUAGCUCCCCACCUUAGAUAGAGGACCCCAAAUAAUCCCUUACCACUCCUGCUGGCUGCCCUGGGCCACCCGUGGGUGGACUUCUGCGUGGGGGAGGGGACCAGUCAGAGUGCCGUUUAAGCCACAGGGGACUCGGGACUCAAAGGGUUUGGCGUGGUCAAUGCAAGACUGGUGGGGGUAGGCUCGGCCAGGAAUUAACUUCAGGAUCUUAGGAGAGGGCUCCGAGUCCCCCAUUCUGUCCCCAUUCCCCAACCCAUUCUUAUUCCCAUCCACUCUCCCAUCCCGCACCAGUACCCCCAUUCUCUCCAGCCCCUACCAACGUCAUAAUCCCAUUCCCCCACCCCCAACCACGCAGCAUCCGGUUCCAGCCAGUCACACCCAGGUGCCCGGAUGUGACGCCACUGACUUGCGCGUGGGGGGCGGGUUAGAGAGAAGCGCGGUUCUAGGUCAGACCAGCAGCUCGGGAUUGACGGAGGGAAGCGGGCAAGGCUCUGUUAGGAGGUAAGUUGAGACGCUGAGGGAGGAAGCAGGAGGUCCCCUCCCCAGAUAGAGGACCCCAAGUAAUACAUUAGCACUAUUGCUGCCAGCUCUGGGCCACCGUGGGUGGACUUCUGAGUGGGGGAGGGGCACCACCCCCAUUGAAGCCACAGGGGACUCGGGACUCAAAGAGCUUGGCAUGGUAAAUGCAAGACUGGUGGGGGUAGUCUUUGCCAGGAAUCAACGUGGGGAUCCGAGGAGAGAGCUCAGAGUCCCACAUCCGUCCCCAUCCCCCAACCCAUUCUUAUUCCUAUCCACCUUCCCAUCCCGCACCAGUACCCUUAUCCUCUCCAGCCCCUACCAACCUCAUAAUCCCAAUCCCCCACCCCCAACCACGCAGCAUCCGGUUCCACCCAGUCACACCCAGGUGCCCGGAUGUGACGUCACUGACUUGCGCGUGGGGGGCGGGUUAGAGAGAAGCGCGGUUCUUGGUCUCACCAGCAGCUUGGGAUUGGGGGAGGGAAGCGGGCAAGGCUCUGUUAGGAGGCAAGGUGAGACGCUGAGGGAGGGACGCAAGAGGUUCCCGUUCCAGAUAGACGACCCCAAAUAAUCCAUUAGCACUCCCUCUGCCAGCUCUGGGCUACCUGUGGGUGGACUUCUGAGUGGGGAGGGGCACCAACCCCACUGCCGUUUAACCCACAGGGGACUCGGGAGUCAGUGUUUGGGUUGGUCAAUGCAAGACCGGUGGGGGUAGGCUCUGCCAGGAAUUAACGUGGGGAUCCCAGGAGAGGGUUGAGCCUCCCCCAUUUCCAACCGCAUCCACAGCCCAUUCUUAUUCCCAUCCACCCUCCCAUUCCCCACCAGUACCCAUAUUCUCUUCAGCCCCUACCAACCUCAUAAUUCCAAUUCCCCAACCCAACACAGACGCCCAUCCACGCAGCAUCCAGUUUCACCCCGUCACACCCAAGUGCCCGGAUGUGAUGCUACGGGCUUGCACACGGAGCGGGGGUGUUAGAGAGAAGCGCGGUUCUUGGUAUGACCAGCAGCUUGAGAUUGGCAGAGAGAAGCUGGCAAGGUUCUGUUAGGAGGCAAGGUUCCCCCUUCUCCAACUGGGAGGGCCAGGUUCCUUGGAGGCACAGGGGAGCACCAAGGAGAUCGGUUUGUGGGUCUUCAUUGCCCAGCUCCUGCCCACACUCCCACCUACUGUUCUGACCCUGACCAGAGUCAUUAUGUCUCUUGAGAAGAGUCAACACCGCAAGCCUGAGGAAGGUCUUGAGGCCCAAGAAGAAGCCCUGGGCCUGGUCGGUGCACAGGCUCCCACUACUGAGGAGCAGGAGGCUACCGCCUCCUCCUCUUCUACUCUGAUCCCAGGCACGCUGGAGGAGGUGCUUGCUGCUGAGUCAACAGGUCCUCCCCAGAGUGCUCAGGGAGCCUCUGCCUUCCCGACUACUGUCAACUUCACUCACUGGAGGCAACCCAGUGAGGGUUCCAGCAGCACCUGCCGAGAGGAGGAGGGGCCAAGCACCUCUCCUGACCCAGAGUGUGCGUUCCGAGAGGCACUCAGUAAGAAGGUGGAUGAGUUGGCUCAUUUUCUGCUCCUCAAGUAUCGAGCCAAGGAGCCGGUUACAAAGGCAGAAAUGCUGGAGAAGGCCGUAAGAAAUUACAGGCGCUACUUUCCUGUCAUCUUCGGCAAAGCCUCCGAGUCCCUGAAGAUGAUCUUUGGCAUUGAUGUGAACGAUCCGGACUCCACCGACCAGUCCUAUACCCUUGUCACCUGCCUGGGCCUCUCCUACGAUGGCCUGGGGGGUGGUAAUCACAUCUUGCCCAAGACAGGCCUCCUGAUACUCGUCCUGGGCACGAUCGCAAUGGAGGGCGACUGCGCCCCUGAGGAGGAAAUCUGGGAGGAGCUGAGUGUGAUGGAGGUGUAUGAUGGGAAGGAGCACAGUGUCUUUGGGGAGCCCAGGAAGCUGCUCACCCAAGACUGGGUGCAAGAAAAGUACUUGGAGUACCGGCAGGUGCCCGGCAGUGAUCCUGCACGCUAUGAGUUCCUAUGGGGCCCAAGGGCCCUUGCUGAAACCAGCUACGUGAAGGUCCUGGAGCAUGUUGUCAAGGUCAAUGCGAGAGAUCGUAUUCCCUACCCAUCCCUGCAUGAUGCAGCUUUGGCAGAGGAGGAAGAGGGAAUCUGACGACGAGUGAGUUGCAGCCAGGGCCAGGGGAAGGGGACUGGGCCAGUUCAACCUCCAGGGCCCUGUCCAGCAGCUUCCCCUGCCUCGUGUGCCUUGAGGCCCAUUCUUCUCUCUGAGUAGUCAGCGCUCUUAGUAGUGGGUUUCUGUUUCAUUGAGUGACUUGGAGAUGUAUCUCUGUUUCUUUUAGAAUUGUUUAAAUGUUCCUUUAAUAGAUGGUUGAACUUCAGCAUACAAGUUUAUCUAUAGUAGUCAACUAUAUUAGUGUUUAUGUAGUUAAGGAGUAAAAGUCUUGUUUUCUAUUCAGAUUGGGAAAUCCAUUCUAUUUUGUGAAUUGAGACAUAGUAACAGCAGUGGAGUAAGCGUUAAAAAUGGUGACUGAAUUCACAGUAAAAUACGUGAGAUAAAUUAAAAGAUACUUAAUUCUUGCCUUAUACCUCAGUGUAUUCUGUAAAAUUCAAAAAAUAUAUAUGCAUACCUGGAUUGCCUUUAGCGUCUUUGUGAAUGUAACAGAAUUUAAAUCUGAAUAAACAAUUCUCCCUGUU